CGCACCCUAACCGGCGUUCAACCGUCUGUUUCUCUAAGACAGUUUGAAUCUGCUAAGUGAAAAGAAAGCAAAAAAUGGAUCCGAACAAGCAACGCUUCCCGUCAGGACUCCCUGGUUCUCCAUAUGCUCCAGUGACGCGGGGUCGAGGCUUCCUCAGAGAGGAGCGCACAUUAGGGCGUGCCAGAGGUUUGGGCAUAACCCCAGACGAGCCGCCUGUUGGUCAAGCUCGGGGUUUGGCUGUAGCUUCAGAAGAACCCCCGGUAGGGCGAGCUCGAGGUCUGGCUCUAAUCGCAGACGAGCCCUCGAUAAGUCGAGCCCGGGGUCAGUCUGUCACGGCGGAGCAGCCUUCGGUGGGUCGUGCUCGAGGUCUUCCUGUAGCUCCUCCUGAACCGAUUGCUGGCAGAGGUAGAGGUCUGGCUUUAGACACCCCACUGUUUCCUUAUGCCAGGGGUAGCCCUGGGUUGGGCUUGGACACGCCUGUUGGCAUCGGCCGGGGAACGCAGCAGGAGGAGGACGCUGGUGUCGGGUUCGGCAGAGCGCGAGGGAUUCUUCACUCUCCUGUCGAACCUGCGGUGGGAAAAGGAAGGAGCGUAGCGCUGUUCAUGAAAGAGCCGGAGUCUCCCGGGAAAAGUGAACGUGUGGAGACGCCCGAACAGGAACCACCCAAAGUUCAGGUUGAUGUUCCAGGACCAGGGUUAUCCCUGCUGUCUAUGUUUCGAGGUAUAGGCAUUGAACCAGCCAAAACAUGGGGCAGAGGAGCCACACCUUUGGGACGAGGUGCAGUAAGUGAGCACAAGGAUGAUGUUCAGUCCCUCGUGCCUCCUGUUCUGUCUGCUUUUGAAGCACGAGAUUCACGCUUCAGCAGCAGUGUUGUAGGGAGAGGCCUGAUGGGAGUCAGGAAAGAUCCAGGUUUCCCAGUGUGUCGAGGUUCCGGUGCCCCGCUCGCCCCCCUGAUCCCGAAAGAGAUCCCCACGACCCCGGCGACCUCGCCUCCGAAAGCAGAGCUGACGAUGGAAGUGGCACGGGAGCCGCUAAAGAAACUCGGGACGAAGGGGGAACCGGUCUCCAUCGCGUCGAACCACGUCCCGAUCCGAUGCAUGAACGAGGCAGUGUAUCAGUAUCAUGUCACGUUCACGCCAAACGUGGAGUCGACGGGGAUGCGCUUCGCCAUGAUGAGAGAACAUCGAGAGACUACCGGAGACGUCGUGGCCUUCGACGGUUUCAUCCUCUAUCUGCCCAAACGCCUAGAGCAGGUGGUUUAUCUGAAAGCGGAGAGGAAAACCGACAACCAGGAAAUCAAUAUUAAAAUCCAGAUGACCAAGAUCCUGCCCCCGCACUCGGACCUCUGUAUCCCCUUCUACAACAUCCUCCUGCGCAAAGUGAUGAAGAUUUUGGGGCUAAAUCUGAUCGGCAGGAACCAUUAUGACCCCAAAAGUGCAGUUGUUCUUAGCAAACACAGGCUGCAGGUGUGGCCAGGUUACUCCACCAGUAUAAAACAUACAGAUGGAGGUUUGUAUCUGGGCGUGGACAUUUCACACAAAGUGCUAAGGAACGAUUCGGUCCUGGACAUCAUGAAUAUGAUCUACCAGGAGAGUCGAGAAAGCUUCAAGGACGAGUGCACCAAAGAGUUCAUCGGCUCCAUAGUCAUCACUCGCUACAACAACCGGACCUACCGCAUCGACGACAUCGAGUGGGCCAAGUCGCCCAGAGACUCCUUCACCAUGGCCGACGGCUCCGAGACCACCUUCAUCGAAUACUACAGGAAAAACUACGGCAUCACCGUAAAAGAACUUGAUCAACCCUUGUUAAUCCAUCGGCCGAAGGAAAGGGCCAGACCUAGUGGAAAGGUGAUGUCGGGGGAGAUCCUGCUGCUGCCAGAGCUCUCCUUCAUGACCGGCAUCCCGGAGCAGAUGAGGAAAGACUUCAAGGCUAUGAAGGAACUGAUGGUGCACAUUAACGUGAGUGUGGAUCAGCACACACACUCUCUAAAGCAGCUUCUACACAACAUCAGCACCAAUCAGGAGGCAGUGAGAGAACUGAACCGCUGGGGCCUCGAGGUCAGCUCCGAAAUACUGGUGACUCAGGGAAGGACCCUGCCCAUGGAGACCAUUUGUCUGCAGUCCUCCACCUUCGUCACGUCCCCGACCGUGGAUUGGUCGAGAGAGGUCGUCAGAGACGCGUCCAUCAGCUGUAUCCCUGUGCACCGCUGGACGGUUUUUUACCCCCGUAAAGCCGCCCUUCAGGAGGAGGAGCUGGAGGCGGCGUUCAUGAAAACAGCCGCGCCGAUGGGGAUCAAGCUGGACCGUCCGACGCGCGUCGAGCUCCGUGACGAUCGCACCGAGACCUACAUAAAGAGCAUCCACGGCGAGCUGAGCUGCAAGCCCGACAUGCAGCUGGUGGUUUGCAUCAUCACCGGAAACCGAGACGACCUGUACAGCGCCAUCAAAAAGUUCUGCUGCGUUCAGACUCCGUGUCCCUCGCAGGUGAUCAACAUCCGUACGAUCUCUCAGCCGAAGAAACUCCGCAGCAUCGCGCAGAAGAUCCUCCUGCAGAUCAACUGCAAACUGGGAGGAGAGCUCUGGACCGUCAACGUCCCUCUGAAACACUUAAUGGUGAUCGGCGUGGACGUCCAUCACGACACCACCAAGAAGACCCUGUCUGUGAUGGGAUUUGUGGCCAGUCUUAACAGCCUGAUGACAAAGUGGUACUCCAGAGUGGCGUUCCAGAUGCCCAACGAGGAGAUCAUUAACGGCUUCCGCGUGUGUCUCCUGGCCGCCCUGCAGAAAUAUUACGAGGUGAACCACAGCUUCCCGGAGAAGAUCAUAAUCUACCGCGACGGCGUUUCAGACGGUCAGCUCAAAGCCGUGGAGCUCCACGAGAUCCCGCAGAUCCUCGGAUGCUUCGAGACGUUUCCCAACUACGAGCCGAAGCUGGCCUUCAUCGUGGUGCAGAAGCGGAUCAACACGACCCUGUACGCUUACGGAGACGACCGAUUCGUGACGCCUCCUCCAGGAACCGUGCUCGAUCACACCGUCACAAACCGAGACUGGGUGGAUUUCUACCUCAUGGCCCACUCAAUUCGUCAGGGGUGCGGCUUCCCCACUCACUACGUCGCCAUUUACAACACGGCGAAUCUCACACCCGACCACCUCCAGAGGCUGACUUUUAAGAUGUGCCAUCUAUAUUGGAACUGGCCCGGGACGAUCCGAGUGCCGGCCCCGUGCAAGUACGCGCAUAAGCUGGCCUUCCUAUCGGCGCAGUUCCUACACUGCGAACCCGCCAGCCAGCUGUGUGACAAACUUUUUUUCUUGUAAGAGCUUUUUGUUAUUGUUAAUGUUGUGCCGGUGGUGGUGUUUUCCACCCAGUGUCAGUUUUUUUUUUGUUGUUUUUUUUUUUUACAUAUUUUUAAGGUUUCUGUUUAACAAAAACUAACCAGUGUUAUCUUAAAUCUUUAAGUACCAUUUAAGUUUUCAAAUAAAACGAUUGUUUUUUUUUGU